AUGAACCCUCGAGAACAAGGCAAGCAGCGACACCAGAAGAAAAUCAAUCGAAACCUCAAAGGAUUGCUGAGCAAGUGUUACAAAUACGGAAAACUGUCCGGGGUCGAGCUGGCUCUUUAUAUAGAAUACCCAGACAAGGAUGAGUUUGUCGUCUUCGAGUCGGAAGGAUACAAUUGCGACGGAAAGAUCGCGGAAAAGGUUUGCUUCACUCGCCGACCGUUUCCUAAGAUCCCAGACCUUAGGAUCCGGGCAUGA